UGGGGAAGGGGCUGGAGCGAGGACCCGAUGCGGGGAAGGGAAGUCGGAGAUGGCUUCGGCUGGAGGCGGCGGCUGCGAGGGCGCCGCGCCGGAGGCUGACCGUCCGCACCAGCGGCCCUUCCUGAUCGGGGUGAGCGGCGGCACUGCGAGCGGAAAGUCGACUGUGUGUGAGAAGAUCAUGGAGCUGCUGGGACAGAACGAAGUGGACCAUCGACAGCGCAAGUUGGUCAUCCUAAGCCAGGACAGGUUCUAUAAGGUUCUGACGGCGGAACAGAAGGCCAAGGCCUUGAAGGGACAAUACAAUUUCGACCACCCAGAUGCUUUUGACAAUGAUUUGAUGCACAGAACUCUGAAAAACAUUGUGGAGGGAAAAACUGUCGAAGUCCCAGCCUAUGAUUUUGUGACCCACUCCAGGUUACCAGAGACCACAGUGGUCUACCCUGCAGAUGUGGUGCUGUUUGAGGGCAUCUUGGUGUUCUACAACCAGGAGAUCCGGGACAUGUUCCACCUGCGUCUCUUCGUGGACACAGACUCUGAUGUCAGGCUGUCUCGAAGAGUUCUCCGGGACGUGCACCGAGGGAGGGACCUGGAGCAGAUUCUGACCCAGUACACCACCUUCGUCAAACCAGCCUUCGAGGAGUUCUGCCUGCCGACAAAGAAGUAUGCAGACGUGAUCAUCCCUCGAGGGGUUGACAAUAUGGUUGCCAUUAAUCUGAUCGUGCAGCACAUCCAGGACAUUCUGAAUGGUGACAUCUGCAAAUGGCACCGAGGAGGAUCCAAUGGGCGGAGCUACAAGAGGACCUUUUCUGAGCCAGGAGACCACCCAGGGGUGCUGACCUCUGGCAAACGGUCGCACUUGGAGUCCAGCAGCAGACCCCACUGAGGAGCGGUCGUGUGCUGCUCCGAGCCCCCGGGCAGGUGCCCCCAACAGACACGUGUGUUCAGGGACUGGGCCUGGAGGUGCACACCUGCCCCUAACCACACAGGCGCCACUUCCUCUCAGCGUGUCCCAUGGUGGCGUUAGGAUUAAGGCCUCGUUUAUGAGUGGAAACCCAGAUAUGUUAUUCAAACUCAGUUUGACAGGAUAUAGACAGGGCAUGCCUGAUGUUCUCACCUGCCGCCUCAUGUUUCAGAAGGUUUAAAAAUCUCUUUAGGUCAUUGAGAAAUUCCCCAGAAUGUGCAGUUAGAAGGAAUGCAAAUCACAUAUUUUUGGGAAAACUGAAGAAACAGCCUGGAUACUGGGGCUGCCCCAGUGCUUUUGACAGUGAACCCACAAGUGAGAGAGACGUUUUCCAGUAUGAUCUGGUUAAUACACACAUUUAACUGAAACAAAAGUUUUAAGAGAGAAUACUCUCCUUUUGUACAUGUUACACAUUCUCACAUUUUCUAUUUUAUUGUUUCAUAACACAUAGCUGGUUGUGACCUAUAAACCCAAUUUCAUGAUCCACCAACAGGUUGUGGCCCAGCAUGGUUCCUGACCUGAGGAACUACAGAGAUGUUUCCUUCUUUCUUGCCUGGACCUCAAAGGCAGAGUGUGGCAGGAAUCCUGGGGAACAACCAGCAUUUUUUUAGCCAGCGUCAAGCACAGAAGGCUGAGCCUUCCUGGCACCUGCAUGGUGGGGCAGAAGGCAGCUGGCGGUCAGGUCUCCUCUGGCUAGAACGUGUCCACACUACAUCCUGCACAGGCCAGGGCCUCUCCCACCCUUGUAGGAGCCCCCUGAGCUCAAGGUGCUGUCUGUGGACAGGCCGUCCCCUGUGUAGCCAUGUCCAUGUCCCUGUCCACAGCAUGCCGCCUCCAGCCAGGGCACACACUAGGCUAUAGAGGUGCAAGUGAACAUGGCGCUGAAGCCAGCCAGCCUCCUUUAUGCCUUUCCAGAGCUCACCUGUGUCUGUGUCGUCCAAGCUUGUCCUCCCUCCCAUGUGACAGCCGCUUCUGUGAAAACAUCCUUUGCCACUGCCACAAGCUAAAUUGCACGGGCACUUCUGAGUUCUGUUGAGUGUAACUCACUGUAGUUACACAAGAUGUGAUGUUAGUUGAGCUCUGCGGCUGGUUUCUGAUAACUAUGUAACAGUUUUGUCAAGCCUAUGCCCUU